AUGAUCUCAAUCCCUCACGCUUCGACAUUCUUCUUCCUCUUCUCUUUGGCCCUCUCUUUCACCCCAUGUCCACUCCUUGGUCCUGCAUUCCCUCCAUUCUCUCUCGAUACAAAUGACAAAACUGUUGCAAGUGCCCUGCAAAAUCUCACAAAGGAGUUUGACAAACUAGUCGCAACAAAAACUGGUGCUCAUGGGGAUAUCUCGCCAAACACCACCUUUAGCAUUGCCUUGUUCUCAUCCGACCCCGGGAAUGCUGAAGACGAGCCAUUCUUCUGGCAGUAUCACCACACAGCCCCUACAUUGAAUCAGUCUUCAGUAGGAUCUCACAAUGCGAACAAAGACAGCAUUUAUCGUAUUGGUGGGCUCACUGAAGUUUUCACUGUGUGGAGUCUUCUUCUCAUGGCAGACGGAGACCAGGUCUUUGAUGAUCCUGUUACCGAGUACCUCCCUGAGUUGGUUGACAGUGCAAAGGAACAAGACAUGAUUGGACAUGUAAGAUGGAAUGAUGUUACUGUUGGUCAACUGGCGAGUCAUAUGUCUGGAAUUGGCAGGGACUAUUGCUCGAAGGAUGUGACUUUGCAAACAAGUUUUGUUGAGGCGGGACUGCCUCCACGCCAGGCUACCCACAUGCCUUGCUGUGAUGAUGGUUCCAAGUGUGAUAGCAGCAAUUUCAUUCGACACAUGGCCAACCGAACUCGUGUGGCUCCAGCUGGAGUAACCCCCAGCUAUUCCAACAUGGCAUUCCAGUUUCUAGGCUACAUAGUAGCAAAGCGCACAGGAAAACCAUUUAGCAAAGUCCUUCAACAUGACAUCUUUGACGUCCUAGGAAUGACUGAAACCUCAAUUUUUGCACCAGACAAAACCACCAGAGGAAUCAUUCCCGUGAGCAAAGAAGCCAGUGGCUGGUUAGCACGCCACGAAGGAGACGAAGCAUCAAAAUCUCUUUUCUCCAGCAUCAAAGAUCUCGCAACAGCCGGCCAAGCAAUCCUAAACUCAACCCUCCUCAGCAAACCCCAAACAAAUCGCUGGUUCAAACCAGUCUCCCACACCUCCAACCGAGCCAAUUCCAUCGGAUUCCCAUGGGUUAUAUACAGCGCCGGCUCAUACCCCGACACCUCCAUGGUGGACAUCUACACAGUUCUCAGCAACGAAGGCAACGGCGAGAGCCUCUACAGCUCAUACCUCGGCCUAGUCCCUGACUUCGGCGUCGGCUUUGCCAUUCUCUCGGCUGACAACGAGGCCCCGGCAGAUCUCAACGCGCACGCGGAUAUUAUCGGUGAUGUCGUGCUAGAAGCGUUGAUGAAAACCGCUAUUGAACAGGCGGCUGAGAAUUUCGGUGGCGCAUACAAGGCAUCCAAGAUCAAUUCAUCUAUUGCUGUUGGAUACGACCAUUUGCCUGGUUUGUAUAUCCAGGAGUUCGUUAGUAAUGGCACCGACUUUCGUGCAACACUCGCUGGAAUAGUGGGUGUCGCGAAGCCGGCGGAUUUGAGUAUUCGAUUGUAUCCUACACAGCUGGUUGAAGAUUCUGGGUCUGGCUCCAGGCAGGCUUUUAGAGCUGUCUUUCAGGAUAUGACUGAGCUGGCGGAUAAUGGAACUCCGACUUGUGUGUCAUGGCUAGAUCUUGACAGGCUCCAAUAUGGAGGCCGUGGUCUGGACGAGUUCAUUUUCUCUCUGGAUCAGAGUGGUCAGGCUGUUAGUGUUGAGAUUCCAGCUUUGCAGGUCUCGCUGAAAAAGAACUAG